CGUACACGAUUUAAGACCAUGGAACCAACGUGUUAGUCAACGGCAUCACAAAAGCAACGUUUUAAUUUCCAGAAGAUCCGGCGAUGGAAGAGAGAGUCGACGAAGCACAAGGUACUCUAGAGAAGGCGAUGAUUCCUCUGUUAGGGGAUGACAAUGUGGCUGAAGAGAAAGCCAGGAAAACAAAGAGAAAGAUAUGGAUGGAGACGAAGAAACUUUGGCGUAUCGUUGGACCAGCCAUAUUCACUAGGGUAUCCACCUACUCGAUCUUCAUCAUCACUCAGGCCUUCGCCGGCCACCUCGGCGAGCUUGAGCUAGCCGCCAUAUCCAUCGUCAACAACGUCAUCGUCGGCUUCAACUAUGGCCUCCUCCUUGGAAUGGCCACUGCGUUGGAAACGUUGUGCGGUCAAGCGUUUGGAGCGAAGAAGUAUGCCAAGUUGGGAGUGUACCUGCAGCGGUCUUGGAUUGUUCUCUUCUUAUGCUCCAUAUUGCUCCUUCCUACGUACUUCUUCACGUCUCCAAUUCUUAAGUUCUUCGGCCAGUCUGAUGACAUCGCUGAACUCUCUGGCACCGUCGCCGUUUGGGCCAUUCCUGCCCAUUUUUCGUUUGCAUUCUUUUUUCCUAUCAACCGAUUUCUCCAAUCCCAGCUCAAGAAUAUGGUGAUUGCAAUCUCCUCUGGAGUGGCGCUUGUGGUACACAUAUUUGUGUGUUGGCUUUUUGUGUAUGUUCUUAAACUUGGAGUCAUAGGGACCAUAGCUACUGCUAACCUGUCAUGGUGGCUCAAUGUCUUCAUCUUAUUUACAUACACCACUUGCGGCGGUUGUCCGCUCACUUGGACCGGUUUCUCAGUUGAAGCUUUCACCAGACUAUGGGAAUUCACUAAGCUCUCUGCAUCCUCUGGAAUCAUGCUUUGCUUGGAGAAUUGGUAUUAUAGGAUUUUAAUUGUGAUGACUGGCAAUCUCCAGGACCCAAAAAUUGCUGUCGACUCUAUGUCUAUAUGCAUGUUGAUAAAUGGUCUGGAGACGAUGAUUCCACUUGCUUUCUUCGCCGGGACCAGUGUACGAGUAGCGAAUGAACUAGGAGCAGGAAACGGAGAAAAAGCAAGGUUUGCUAUGAUCAUAUCAGUGAUACAAUCGUUAAUCAUCGGAAUUAUCCUAUCGGUGCUCGUAGUCUUUCUUCAUAAUCAAAUCGGUUGGAUCUUCUCUUCAAGCGAAGCUGUUAUGAAAGCAGUGAAUAACCUUUCUAUUCUUUUAGCCUUUACGAUUCUUCUCAACAGUGUAUAUCCCGUUCUUUCCGGUGCAGCGGUUGGUUCGGGUUGGCAGUCGGUAGUGGCAUACAUUAAUCUAGGGUGCUACUAUUUCAUUGGACUUCCACUUGGAUUUGUCAUGGGUUGGGUUUUCAACACCGGUGUUAAGGGUAUUUGGGCUGGUAUGAUAUUCGGAGGAACCGCUAUUCAGACGUUUAUAUUGAUAUUUAUAACCAUGAGAUGUGACUGGGAGAAAGAGGCACAAAAAGCAACUUUGCGCCUUGAGAAUUGGCAGGUCUCUGAUGCAAAAAAGUUGAAAAUGAUAUCUUAAAUGGUCCAUAAUUUUAUCUUUGAAGCAUCUAUUUUAAAAAUAAGUGCGCAAACCUCAUACAUAUUGUAUCCUGUUAGUCACAUAAGCAUGAUUGAAAAUGUAAAAAUGGUCGAAACUGGAAUAACGACCGAUUUGUUUUCCUUAUGAAUGUUAUAUAGUAGAACAGGGAAUUAAGCA